CGACCUUCACCAUCCGCCACCGCCGUCGCCGCCGCCGCCGCCGAGAGGGGAAGGGGAGGUUUGUGUAUCGCUUGGAGAGAGCUCGUCUGGCUUCGCUCGGUCUGUGUGGUGAAAUGUUAAAAUGGCGUCUUCUCAGGACGCUUGGUAUCUCUCGUUGCUCGGCCUCGCCGAAAACUUUCGCACGUCGAGUCCGCCCAACAUCAAGUCGUGCAUCCAGUGUCUGCAGGCGGUCUUCCACUUCAAGCCGCCGCCGCGCGUCGAGGCGCGCACUCAUCUUCAGCUCGGCAACAUCCUGCUUACGCACACGAAAAACAUCGAUUUGGCGCGAUCCCACCUAGAUCAAGCGUGGCGGCUGAGUCAGAAUAUAAAUACGUUUGACGAUGUGAAGUUCGAGGCGGCCAGCGUCGUCGCUGAGCUGUACGAGCAACAGCAACAGCCGAAUCUGAGUAAACCUAUACUGAGGAAGGCGAUAGAACUGUCUCAGCACAAUGUCUACUGGCACUGUAGGCUUAUUUUCCAACUUGCGCAAAUUCAUGCAUCGGAGAAGGAUUUUGUUGCAGCGAGUAGCUUGCUCGCAGUGGGCGUUGAUUAUUCUCACAUAAGCAAUGCCAGUUAUACCAGAGUUCUAUUUCUUCUAAGUCGGUGUAUGUUGUUGCUGAUAGAUAAAAAAUUUACAGAAGUCCAUCCUCUUUUAAAUUCAGCGGGCCAUCAUGUAGAGACUUGGCAGGGUAACCCACAUCAAAAAGAGUAUCUGAAAGUCUAUUUUUUAGUUCUUCAAGUAUGUCACUAUCUUAUGGCAGGCCAGGUAAAAAGCGUGAAACCAUGUUUGAAACAACUUCAACAAAGUAUACAAACUAUAAUGUCGCCUAGCUGGCCGGCAGACGAUGUGGUCACAGGUUCCAAUAUUGGAGAUAUGUUUAUAUGGAUGCCAAAAGACCAUCUGUAUGUUCUGGUUUACUUAGUAACUGUCAUGCAUUCUAUGCAAGCUGGAUAUAUGGAUAAAGCACAGAAAUAUACUGACAAGGCGCUUAGUCAAAUACAGAAACUCAAAAUUAUCGAUAAUAAACCGAUUUUGUCCGUGUUUCAAUUAAUGCUGUUGGAACAUAUAAUCAUGUGUCGGCUUGUAAUGGGAAACAAGAGCGUGGCUCUAGCAGAAAUUUCUCAAGCUUGUCAAUUGUGCAGGCGACAACCUAGGUUGCUUCAGGGCCAUAGACCACAACUACAUGUUUUACUAGGUUUAUACGCAAUGUCUAUGAAUUGUAUGGAAGCUGCAGAGGCUCAGUUCACUGCUGCACUCAGAACGUCACAAGAGAGAGAAUUAUGGACGUUCGCGAAUUUGAAUCUAGCAAUAGUAUAUCUUCGAACAAAAAGAGACGCCGAAUUAGGAGCGUUAUUAGAAAGGAUAAAUCCAGAAUCUCUACCAUCCCAUUCUCAUUCCUUGAGGGCAGCUGCAUAUUAUGUACAAGGACUCCAAGCUUUCUUCGGUGCUAGAUACAAUGAAGCAAAGCGAUAUCUUAGAGAAACCUUAAAAAUGGCAAAUUCGGAAGACUUGAACAGACUCACUUCCUGUAGUCUCGUGCUUUUGGGGCAUAUAUUUCUUUCUUUAGGAAAUAGCAGAGAGUCGAUGAAUAUGGUCACACCUGCGAUGCAAUUAGCUUCUAAGAUACCUGAUGUACAUGUACAAUUAUGGGCUACUGCUAUCCUAAAAGAUUUGUAUAGAAUUUGUGGUGAUCCCACUCACGAGAAUGAGGCAUAUCAAAUGCACUGCACAUUCUCUCAAACUCUUUUGAAAGACCAUUUUCAGAGUACUCAAAUGAGCGAACACUCCCUUAUUCAUUGGACAGAUGGCCCAGUGCCUGUAUUGCCAACUAAUCCACCACCAUCUACAUCGCAAGCAAUUCUCUAAUGGUAUAAAAGAUAUUUAGGUGUCUUUUUACUUAAAUUGUCCGGAAUUGUCUGCUGAAACCAUACAUAAAAUCGGAUUUAAUUGCGAGUGAUGCAGACAUAUAGAAGGAUUAAUGGAUAUUUGAUAUCCAAAUUUUUUAAUAUAUGAGAUCUGUGAGAGUAUAUGGCAACUAGUUAUAGUAAAAGCUUAAUAGCAAUUUAUAAUAUUGGUUAAAUCAUUGAAAUUGCACACGGCAGGGACUGACUACAUAUUUAGAACAUUGAUGUUUUGUUUAUUUCAGUUUAUUGCAUUAUUGUUUUUUAUAUGAAAUUACAAGAGAAGAUGCAAAUGCUUAUUAUCAUAAUAGAACAGAUGCGGUUUUUUAAAAUUACAUGAAUUGUUUACCGUCACAAUAAGUUUGACAAGAUUUGUAUUGCACAUAUAGAGAGUAAAUCGGAAUACAGAAUAAAGAAUUUAUUUUGUUCG